AUGGCAGAGCAACCGCAAGGUACCUCAUCCAUCACCAACCUGGAGCUUCAACAUCAUGGACAAGGCGAGAAGCGAGCUCAAGCUCAGAGCAUGGCGGCAACGCCUGAAAGCCUAUCGCAUGCGACCAAGCAUGACGUGAGUGGAGAGAGGGGAGGGGCAAGAAGCUUGAUGAAAGGCUCCCUCUCCGUGGAGUCACUUUCGUCGGUCGCCAUCAGACCGAAAACGAGUUUCGAGUCUUGCAGUCACCUCAGGGAUACUCGUAGCACUGACUUCAGCUCCCUCGGCCAUGCUCGCUCCCGACCGAGAACCUCAAGCCCUCAAAAGUACCUCGUGUUCGGAACCCGCGGAGGAAAGAUCAGCACAGCCAACGUGAAGACGGAGAUUGACUGGGCGGUGCAUCGAUCGAGGUCGCUUCCGGGUCCUGGAGCCUACUUCGAGGAGGUCGGGAGCAGUCUCAACCUUAGCGGCGGGAGAUUCAACAUGAGCAGACCCAAGUCAGACAUCGACUGGCAGGUCUACAGCGCCUCCAAGAUUCCCGGGCCCGGCGACUACAACACCAUCGAGCCCGUCAAGGUGUCGGGAGGGAGGUUCAGCACCGCCCGGCCCAAGUCAGCGGUGGAGACUCUGAUUCGAAUGUCGUCUCAGAUCCCCGGGCCCGGACACUACAACGUGCCGAGCAGCUCAGGGAUAGAGGGCGGAAGGAUGAGCAACGCGAACCCGAAGACGGAGAUCGAGUGGACCAUCCUGAGGGCCAAGGACAUUCCCGGGCCCGGGCAGUACAACGUGAGGAGAGACCUCAAGACUUCUGGUGGAAAGUUCAACAUGAGCAGACCCAAGUCUGAGAUCGACUGGGUCAUGUACACGGCAGCUCAGAGACCUGGUCCCCAGCAGUAUCAGUCCUAUCACACUCCCAAGAUUGGAGGCGGGAAGUUCAGCACAGCACGUCCCAAGACUGAGCUGGACUGGAUCAUCUACAAGAGCAAAGAAGAGCCUGGGCCAGGCGACUACAACGUCAACCUCCUUGACAUUGCCCGCAUGACUGGCAGCUCGAGACAAGCUCCGGAACCUGAGGCGCGAUCUAAGACUCGCAAGUCAUCGGGAGAGUCGCAGAAGCAGCUGGAGCGAUCCAACGCAGUCCUCUCCUCCUCACUCCCUCUCACUGAGGUAAAGCGUUCUUCCCGCCAUGCAAGACCUUUGCGCCCACAGGAUGAUCCAGGUGUGCCUGAUGACCCGCGCAAGCUGCUGGAGAAGGUGGAGACGAGGGCAGAAAACCGCAACCUGCAUGGAGAGAAGCAGGCUCUACAGGUAGAGGUAGGAGAGCAGCCACAUCCCGCGACGAGGCAUCUUGAGGCAAGACGAGCCAGCGAAGAGCAGCAGGGGGGGGAUGAGAGGAUGGCGGAAAGAUCGCAUGUCAAGAGGGCACAAACCCACGCGUCUCCUCACCGCCUGUUUCAUCUUCAUCCUUAUGCUGCGAGAGUAGACGAACGCACCCACAAGAAGACCAAGACGGUGAAAACAAAAGACGAGCUGAGGUCAGAGGCUUUGAGAAGGUAUCAGAUCAAGCUCAGAAACGACGCAAAGCAACUUCUUGAUGUUGCGAUGCAAAAUGAAGAUGUGAGAAAGGCUCUCGCGCAUGUGACAGGGUUCGAGAAGAUCUCCCAGUAUGUUGAAAAAUAUGCGGCAGAAAGGCAAAGAGAGUCAAGAGAUCUGAAAUCAAACUUGACGGACCUCGAUGGAAGUCAAAGAUUCUAAUGAACCUUGUGAGAAGUUAAUCAAUCAAUAAAACUCAACGGGAGGAGC